GUCACCCAACCAAUUCUGAACAACACCGUCAUCAUCAUACUUCGAGGUUCUCUUGAAAGUUGACCGUUCAGAAUUUUCACACCACGAAUAGAUUUCACAUCAACUUAUUCAUUAGCAACUACACAUACUUUAAGUCAUUCGACCGUCAUAAUGUCACCAGCUUAUUACCGAACGUGGCACAUUAUCAGAUCUAUUUAUACAACCGGUAUAUAUAUGCAACCAGACAUCCCGUCAUCCGAAUCAAAUAGCACAUCGGAAACAGACCAUGCAACAGCAGAACCCGAUCCAACCAGCCCUUUUGAAAACACAGUUCACACAACCUCAACAAUGACCAUACUCGCGCUCCUCUUGGUCUUGAUUAUUGUAAUGUGUGUACUCAUCUGGUAUUGUUAUACUAAGAAAUGGGCCGCGGUGCACAAAGGACAUAAGAAAGCUAAGGAAGUGAAGAAAAGCAUGCAAGCAAAAGAAGAGGCAGACUUGGAGGGAGCAAAGGAAGAAUUGAGAACGAGUACUUCUAAAAGCAAAGAUGCUUCAGUCAUAUGUAUCAGUGUCUCAAUUGUCAGCUCUUGAUACCUCAGCUUAAGCGUUGAAGUUUUUGAUUUUCAAAUGUACGGAUAUCGAAAGACAUUAGCGGCUGAUCCUCUUGUACAAAAUAUGUAAUCGCGUAAUGACAAACAAAUGAACAAUCGACUCA